GUCAACGGCCAGCUUGCAAAGCCGGGCCACAAAGGCGGCCUGAUAACGGUGCCAGACCCAGCUUCCCUCGUCGUCGCCAUUGCGGGCGCCAUCACGAGCGCCCUCGCCGCCGCGGCACCACUGCUGGCGACGCUGCCAGCCCUGCCGGGCCUGCCAGCCCUGUCAGCUUUAACUCUUUAG